AUGGCAGAUACAUACGAGUUCCAUGAAAAUGAUGAGCCUCUUUAUCCAAAAUAUAACUCGAGGUCGAGUUCGUCAAAGGUAGAAGGGACUGGUAGUCAUAGUGUUGAGAAACUCAUCAUGAAGGUCACGAUUGUGAGCAGAAAGUAUAUCAAGCCUGGCAUACCAACUCCCGAAAACCUCCGUACAUACAAGAUAUCAUGCACAGAUGCGGUUAUUCCAACAAUGAAUGUGGCUGGACUUCUCUACUAUCCAUCAAGCGAUAACAUUGAAAAUGUAAAGAAUUUGGAAAAAUCACUUGCUCAAAUAUUGCCACAAUUUUAUCCUUUUGCUGGAAGAUAUAUCAAGGAGAAACUUUUCGUUGAUUGCAGCGACCAGGGUGCUGAAUAUGUAGAAGCUAAAGUCGACUGCGAUCUCGUUGAUAUAAUUGGCUCAAGAGUCCAGCCUGUGGAGUUAAAUGAUCUUCUUCCAGUCGAUGUUGAUGCAGCUGAUGAAGCCACUGAUCCAAUUCUAUCUAUUCAAAUAAACAAAUUUAAAUGUGGUGGAGUAACCAUUGCUACGGCCAUCUCGCAUAGGGUUAUUGAUGCAUUCUCACUUGGCACAUUCUUAUCGGCAUGGGCAAAGGCGUGUCAAGGAGACAAUAGUACUGAACCCAUUAUUCCAAAAUUUGACUCCCCAUUGAAAUUUUUACCGGUUGAGAAUUUAGGUAAGAUUAAUCGUGGAACCAUAAAGACUAGGGAUCCUACCACUAUGACCAAGAGGGUUUUGUUCGAUAAGAAGGCGAUAGCAAAUUUAAGAGCAAGAGUGAAGCACUUGUAUGAAAAAAAUGAUCGUCCACCCUCCAGGGUUCUGCUUGUCUCUUCCUUUUUGUCAGAGGCUAUCAUGCGCUGUGAUCGCAUAAAACUUGGGAAAUCGCGGGCUUGCCUCUUUUCACAGGAAAUUAACAUUCGUGAAAGAACAGUUCCACCUCUAUCAAAAUAUUCUUGUGGAAACUUCGCAUCACGAGGAUUGGUAGAAUGCAGUGCAGAAGAAACCAAGAACUUGGACUUUGAACACUUGGUUCCUCUAUUGGGUAAUGCUAUCGAGAAAGCCACUUUAGAUUGUUCCAAGAUCUUAUCAAAUUAUGAGGAUGCACGCAAAAUCCUCUUUGAUGCCAUCGCUGGUGCAAUUUUAAAAUUACAUGAUGGAAACUCCAAUUCUAUAUGGUUUACUGACUGGUCUAAGUUUGGAUUUUACAAUAAUGAUUUUGGUUAUGGAAAACCUAUUUGGACAAGCUGUGUAAAUCCUCGAAUAAGUAACGUUGUCAUAAUGAUGAAUACCAAAGAGGACGAUGGAAUUGAAGCAUGGGUGAAUUUAAGUGAAAAAGACAUGUCUUAUUUCAAACAAGACGACGAAAUCAAAAGGUUGACCACUUAA